UGAACAGACACAAUACUCCACAUCAUUGGUUCUUUAUAAUAAAUCCAGUGUAUUUCUGCAAUGGACCCUGAACCCACCGAAAGCUCACAGAAAUCUGGUUCCAAGGAGAGUCAUGCAGCAUCUGUCAUUCAGAAAGCCUGGAAAAGAUGGCAGGAUAUGGCAGUGUUUGACUACUAUAAAGGAUUAAUAGGUUUUAAGCAAUGUGGAAAACCUUCCAGUCUGAUGAAGUACAUUGAACCUAGAGAGGCGGAAUACUUAGAUGCUGCAGCAGGGAUUCAUAUCCGAUUCAGACUAGGUGGGCUAAAGUUUCCUCCAAGUAUAUAUUACAAAAUAUUCACGCAUAGACCUAUUGUAGAUCUGUGUGCCUAUAGUCCUAAAGACUAUGCAAAACUUGCACUCAAAACCAGAGAAGCAAGAAAGCGCCAGGGGAAAAAGGGCCAGGAUCACAGCGACUGGUACAAACGUAUUGAGAAUAAUGGAUGGAGACUUCUUUCCAUCAGGUUAUGGAAGAUCGUCGACCCUAUAACUAAUGAUGACAAUAUCAAAACGAAGGAAUUCCAGUACUCCAGAAUGAUGAGGAAACAAGAAAUAGAAAAAAGGAGAAAAAGGAGGAAAAUAGAAUGGCUGAAGAAAAUGUACUUUGGACAAAACCUUCAAGUCAAUACUCUGGACCCACUUACAACCGUCUUAAUUCAAAGAGCUACAGAAGGGUUGAUUGGCAGCCUAGACAAAGGAAUGGAUAAAGUGAUGGAAUGGGAAGUGGAUGAAGUGCUAAAAUGGACAAACGCACUCAACUAUGAAAAAUAUAUUAAAGAAUGGAGGGAUAUUGGAACAAGCAAGAUUUCUGAAGCAUAUCGAGGUUUCCAGUUUUCUGAACGACGUCAUGAUCUUUCUCCGUUAUCUCAAAUACCACAGAAACUCCAGGAAAUUGUGCAUUCUCAGAUGAGCUAGACAAAUAAGAAUGAGCAAACACCCAUCAUCACUCUGAAUCGCAGAAGAAUAAUUGCAGUGGAGUAACACACACUCUCAAUUUCAGUAGCACUGAAAUAAAGUAUUAGGAAAUAAAAAUAUGAAAAAGUUGACACAGCUUUCAUUCCAUUUGAUAUAAUGUCAGCCACCUGCAACUGUUUAAAGCAGGGGUUCUCAAACUUUUUAAAGAGAGGGCCAGGUC